GCAUGGAAUGGAUAAGUAGUUUUAGGAUUUGUUUUUAUAUAAACCCGAGUUUUAUGAAUCAGUUUAUUUUACAAAUUAUUUUUCAUUAAUCAUUUCCAAAAUGAAUAGACAAAAACAUCGUUGGUCGCUUAGUUUUACAAAGAAUAGCAAAAGUGAACGAACCGAUUUAUAUUCACCGCCUGGUUACAAUUCCAAUCAUGGUUAUAUUCAAAAUGAAGGUAGUCGUGAAGUGGAUAAUAAUUUGGUUGUAAAAAAAUCUUGGGAGAUAGCAUUAGCACCAUUGAAACAAAUUCCAAUGAAUCUUUUCAUCAUGUACAUGGCCGCAUUCAAAUUGAUCGAAGGAAACCAGGCAAUCAUGCAAAAAUUGAUCUACAUCAUAGGUAAUUUGGCUGGAAUCGCAUUAGCACUUUAUAAAUGUAAAUCAAUGGGUCUGCUUCCCACACAUCCAUCAGAUUGGUUGGAUUUUGUUGAACCUCCUCAAAGAAUCGAAUUUUCCGGUGGUGGUAUUUUUUAUUUGUUACUUGAAAUAUUGUGUAAAAAUCAAAUGGAUCCAAACGAUCAACAGCCUAAAAGUAAUCCUUGGUCGGAAACAAAAUCGAUUGAUACUCAAGAUGCAUAUAUCAAAAGAGAUACAAAACAAUGCGUUCAAGGUCUGCCCACUGUAUUGGCAAAUGAUUUAAUAUUGCAAAAUUUAUUGAAACCAACGGAUAAUCCUAAAAAACCGGAAGAAUUAGGUGAAAACGUUAUUCCAUUGCAAGUGAAUUUUGGUGGUCAAGAAACAAGAGAAUCGGAUGGAAAAAAAUUAGCAGUCAAAGAAGGACCAAAUGGAAAAAAAAUUCAAUACGAUCCGGAAAAGGGAUUUGUAAUGAGUAGUUGGAGUAAUUUCGAAUUAGAUCCAAAGGCACCAGAUGCACAGUCAUUAGUGACCGAUCCUAAAGGAAUUUUUAUCAAGCACAUCACUUCAACCGUCAUUAAUCCAAAUGAUUUAGCCAAAGGUAUGCAGGGACCAGAGAUCGAUAUAAAAAGUUUCACAUCAACUUCUCAAUGUCUCGCUAGUAAUGCAUGGUCAAAUGUUCUACUUUAUAAGCCACAAGAAAAAGUUUUUAAGUAUGAUAUUGAUGAGAAAAAAUUAGUUCCCGAAGAUGAUUCAAGUUCAUCGUCUUCAUCUUCGUCUUCUCAGCACUAGAAGCAGAAAAUUUGUUAAACUUUCUGUAAUUUGAUUUUUACAAUUAAGAACUAAAUUUUUUUUUAUU